AUGGAGGCUUAUGAAAGUGUGUUACUUGUGAAAAAUGAAGUCUUUGUUUUUAAAAUACCCCCGAGAACGUCUAACAGAGGAUAUAGGGCAGCUGAUUGGAACUUACAAGAGCCACAAUGGACGGGGCGUAUGCGGCUGGUUGCGAAAGGCGAUGAUUUAAUUAUGAAGCUAGAAGAUAAGACAAGCGGUGAAUUGUUUGCAAAAUGCCCCAUCGAUAAAUAUCCGGGGGUGGCACUUGAGGCUGUUACAGACAGUUCAAGAUAUUUUGUUGUCAAAAUACAGGAUGAUAAUGGUCGCAGUGCCUAUAUAGGUCUUGGAUUUGGAGAUAGAUCAGAUUCUUUUGACUUGAAUGUUGCAUUGCAAGACCACUUUAAGUGGUUGCGGAAGGAACAAGAAGGUGAAGGAACUGCAGACCAGCAACAGAUGGAUUUCAGUUUUAAAGAAGGAGAAACAAUAAAGAUUAACAUGAAAAUUACUAAGAAAGAUGGCAGUGAGGCUAGCCGUCCUCGUCGAGCUGGGGGUGCUAAUGUUGGUGGGCUCCUACCUCCACCACCAGGAGGGUCCAAGCUUCCACCUCCACCCUCUCCGCAGCAUGUGCCAACACCAGCUGGGACCCCAGCUGUGCCUAAUACCGAAUGGGGUGACUUCAACUCGGCUAGCAAAAGUAAGCAAAGCUCUUACCCCCUCCCUCCAUGUUUACAUAAACAUUUUCAAUUACUUGCUCCAGCUCAACAACCAAAGCCAACAACUCCAGCCAACCAGCAAAACUGGGUGCAGUUCUAA